AUGGCGACGCUCCGAAAGGCAAUGGUGCGCCUUCGAAAGGACCACAGCAGGACCGCCGGCGAGGCGCGCGACGCCCUGCAGAACCCCGACGACCUUAACAGGCUCGCCGUUGCCCGAUGGCUGCUCAACGACAUGGGAGACAAGUACCAUUCUGGACGCACCCACGCCUACAGCCUCAAGACGCUCAUCGACGGCAACAUGUUCCAGAGCGACCGACCUUCGUGGCUGUACCAGCAGUACGUCGGGUCCCUCGACGCGUUCGCCCCGAGGCUGAGGUCGUCGCACGAUCGGCUCCAGGCCUUCUACAACACCCUGAGCCGCAUCGACAGGUACGAUCCUCGAUUCAACCCCCACGUGCACAACGAGCGCCAGCUCGAACGUGUCCGUCCGCCGCCCGGGAUCGUAGAGAUGCUUGACCACGACGCCGAAAACGGCCUCUGGUCCACCCGUCCAGGACACGCCAGCUUCCCCCGCGGCUGA